CUGAAAAAAAUGUAUUGAAGUACAGUAAAUUUAUUCGUACUUCAUCACUUCUCACCACUGCACAAGAUGUUUUCUGUUGCUGUGACUAAGUGUACAGCUAAAGGAGGGAGGAAGUCAUGGUUGUAGUUCAUAAAAGACUCUUUAUUUCAAAUUAACAACCAUGAGUGGACACAGUCGCACUGUACUUUUGUACGCCGGUCUUCUCUCGUUGAGGUUGAAGCCGAGGAGUCGAGGCAAGCCAAAUCGAACGCGCCCCACUGUUGCAAAACAAUGACGUCAUCACUUUCGUCACGCACUUGUGUAAACUCAAACCAGCUCACGCGGCAUCAUCGUGUACAGUGGACAUUACAGCUAGCGCAGUGUAUUUAUUUCAUUUAAUUCUAAUUCAUUCUCGACUUCUUUUGUGACUUCCUUUUCACCGUGUAUGAGGCAUUGUGUCACGAGGAAGUCAUUUUUCUCCUUCCUGACCCAAUCAUUUGCUACCAUGUCUGACAAAAAGCGCAAAGCAACCUCUGCUGCUGCUCAGCCCAGUGCCAAGCAGCAGAAGUUGGCUUCCACCAAGGAGGGCAAGAAGGAGAAGGCAACAGGCUGGCUGCAAGACCUUGUUAAACAACACAGGUCCAACAAUAAGGACAUGAAAGUCAACAAGAAACGUGUUCGAUUGAUAUCAGACGCGCAACAGACAAAGCAGGACUCGGAAGGGGUCCUCUACUGGAUGCUGAGGGACCAGAGAGUACAAGAUAACUGGGCAUUGAUCCACGCCCAACGCCUUGCCUCGAAGAAGAACCUGCCUCUUCACGUCUGCUUCUGCUUGUUUGCCCCCAAAUCCGAGCUGUCCACCCUGCGACAUUACAGCUUCAUGCUGAAAGGUCUGGAAGAAGUUGAAAAGGAAUGCAAAUCUUUAGAUAUCCAGUUCCAUUUACUGACCGGCUCUGCAGGCAAAGUGCUGCCUGGCUUUGUAUCCAACCGUGGCUUUGGAGCGGUUGUGACGGACUUCUCGCCCCUCAGGGAGCCUCUGAAGUGGUUGGACGAUGUGAAAAAGAGUCUUCCAGAUGAUGUACCACUCAUUCAGGUUGAUGCCCACAAUAUUGUUCCAUGCUGGGUCGCAUCUCCCAAACUUGAAUAUGCUGCCAGGACAAUGCGGGGAAAACUUACAAAACUUUUACCAGAGUUCCUCACUGAUUUUCCCGUGGUUGAGAAGCACCCCUACACAGCGACCAAAAAAGCCAAUCCAGUAGAAUGGGCCAAAACCUUGGCCUCCCUGCAGGUUGACCGAACCGUGGAUGAGCCAGAGUGGGCCCAGCCAGGCACCAUGUCAGGAAUGGCCAUGUUGGAAUCCUUCAUCGACGUUCGCCUAAAACUGUUUGGCACUCAACGUAAUGACCCCAAUGCCGCUGCGCUCAGCCAACUCUCCCCUUGGAUUCGCUUUGGAUGCCUGUCCGCCCAGCGUGUGGCACUGCAAGUCCAGCACGGAGAGAAGAACGCCAGUCAAUCGGUGGCGCCCUUCAUCGAAGAGCUGGUAGUGCGCAGAGAGCUAACGGACAACUUCUGCUUUUACAACGACAAAUAUGACAGUGUGGAAGGCGCUUACGAAUGGGCUCAAAAGAGCUUGAAAGAUCACGCCAAGGACAAGAGGCCUUAUCUGUACACCCGAGAGCAACUGGAGAAAGCCAAUACGCAUGACAAGCUGUGGAAUGCGGCUCAGUAUCAGAUGGUCUCUGAGGGCAAGAUGCAUGGCUUCCUGAGGAUGUAUUGGGCUAAAAAGAUUCUCGAGUGGACUUCUUCACCAGAGGAGGCGCUCUCCAUCGCUCUCUACCUCAACGAUCGCUACGAGCUGGAUGGCCAGGACCCUAACGGAUUUGUGGGUUGUAUGUGGUCUAUUUGUGGCAUCCACGACCGAGGAUGGGCAGAGAGACCUGUUUUCGGAAAGAUCCGUUACAUGAACUACAAAGGCUGCCUUCGCAAGUUUGACGUUCCCAAGUUUGAGAAAAAAUACUGUCCCAAAGGUCUUUGAGCCCCUUCAAAAGCUCGUAGAAAAGCUGCAUGUUCUGCUUCGAUUUUUCUCCAAUUUACUGAGUUAGAGAGCAUUUUGAUAUGUUGUGAAAUGCAGGUGAAAACUGUUGGUGCUGUUGUUUCAUACAAAUUUUGAUUUACUGUAAGUGUCAUAUCUAUAUCUACUUUAUCCAUUUUCUGAGCCGCUUAUCCUCACAAGGGUCGCGGGAGCGCCGUAGCCUAUCCCAGCUAUCAUCGGGCAGGAGGCGGGGUACACCCUGAACUGGUUGCCAGCCAAUCGCAGGGCACACAUAAACAAAGUACCAUACGCACUCACAUUCACACCUAGGAGCAAUUUAGAGACUUCAAUUAACCUACCAUACAUGUUUUUGGGAUGUGGGAGGAAACCGGAGUGCCCGGAGAAAACCCACGCAGGCACAGGGAGAACAUUCAAACCCCACACAGGCGGGGCUGGGGAUUGAACCCCGGUCCUCAGAACUAUGAGGCAGACGCUCUAACCAGUCGUCUACCGUGCUGCCUAUCUACUUUAUGUGGACCAUAAAAACUUUGUAUUUUGAUAGUAAUAUACAAUCCUUAACAUUCGUUUCUCAGCAGAAACAAAAAAAAUAAUUAUUAUGAGCGCUGAAAUGUGGGGUGGUGGCCUAAUAUUUUUAUUUUUUUUUUCCUCGUUUGUUUUCUGUUGGAAGACUAAAAAAGUAUUUUUUUAAACUUGAUCGUUAUUGUUCAUUACAGUUUGUCUAAAGUAUUUGUGGAGAAAUAAAGUAAUGAAAUAAAAAACACUUUCAACCCAAAAUAUACUAAUCGCAAUAAGGAUGAAUAAUUAAUUUCAAUGACAUAUGCCCUUUAUGCUUUUAUUUUCAACCACUGUGAAAAUAGCCAAAAGGAAAUUUCCACGUCUGCGUUCACGCGUCCAUCAAUGACUCCAACUUCUACAAUGUGUAUUUUUACACACUGAGAGUUGCAUCACACUUACAUAACAAGCUUCAGUGAACACUGAUUACAUUAAGCCUUAAUAAAGACUUCAUUAACUACACUAGAUGGGGGAGGGCAACUUUUACCUUGAGCAAGCCACACACUAUUUCACAAAUAUGAAACGUCUUUUUUUCAAAAAACAACAUUUUAAUCGGAAAAAAAUGUCCUCUCAGAUCAUGUUUUGCACUAAUUAGCAAAAAGGAUUCAUGCAGUGUAGGCCUUUGAUGCUUUAAGAAGGGAUAAAAGUAUCAAAGUGGCAAUAUGAAUUUAAUAUACCUAAAAAUAACACCUAACUAGAAACUGCAAUUCUCGAGGAAAUUGUGCCUGAGCAGUAUAGGCAAUGUCAGUAAUUUGAUGAAGCUAUCAUUCUAGUGCCCAUAGCUCGCCAGCCAAUUGACAUUGAAGCAGUGUUGGAAAAUUGAUGCCUUGCAAGCAGUGCAGACUGCAUUUCAGCGCCAGUUUGAGACGCUUUGUGGCUGUACUCUGGGAAUUGAAUUUAUCGCAACUGGACGGUUGUCUUAAACGACGUUUUGGAGGCAUAAACAGUUGAAUUUUUCAACAUCAACUCAGGCUAGUUCUGUCCUAACUUAGCCAUGUUGCAUGAACUGAUGAAGCCCGGUCGGAUGAGACACUUCUAAAGGCCUCUUUAUACUCCCGCAGUCGCGCGGCUGACAACGCCUCACGUUGCCGACGAAUUGGCCCAUGCGGCCCCUCUGCGUACCUUGACGCACACACGCCAAAAAUUGUUGCUGCGCAUAGAAUGGCGCGGAGAUCAUCUCUCGUGAUUGGUACGUUUCAGUCACAUGCUGUGAUGAUGUAUUCAGCGUUCCUCCGCCUUCUCGAUCGAUUUUGCAGCAUAAUUAAACGUAUCAUCUGGUCAUCCAGGUCCAUUUGUUCUAGCAGACUCUAUUCCACGGUCGCCAUUGUUGUUGCUUUGUUCCUUGUUACGGAAAGGAAAGGAAAAACUGUCAUGGUUUGUGUUUUGGUUUGGGUUGUGUUUAGUUUUGUUCCAUGUUUUCCUGUGUUCCAUGUUUGUCGUGUGCUCAUUAGGUUGUUGUGUCCACCUGGUCUCGUCUACUUUGUGUCGACCAAUCAGCUCUCUCCAGCCACUUGUGUCUUGUCCAGGUGUUCCUCGUUGUCUCGUCAAUUUGUUUGUAUUUAGUUCCCUGGUUUCUUUCAGUUCUUGUCGGUUCAUUGUCGUUGUCACAUGUCUUUGCCAUGUCAUAGUCGUCAGUUGUCUUUAUCAUUGUGGUAUGUCAUUGUCAGGUGUCAUUUUCCCUAUCUAUUCCACGUCUUACUCACAGGUCAUAGUGUGUUUCCAGUUUUAGAUAUUCAAGUGUUUCUUUGUUACUUUGGUUUGAUUAUCUGUUGUGGGACUUCGUUCAGUUUUGCUUUAGCCAAUAUCCUUGUUUUCCCUUUUUGAAGAUUAAAUAUUAUUAUUUUGAGACUCCCGCACUCCUGCCUUGCCUCCCUGCUUCCCUGCAAUUGGGUCCACCAUGUUCUUGCCUUGCGUUACUCGCCUUCGCCCUAACCACGUACGUGACAAAAACGGCUACCGGAAAUGGCCAAAGAAAUGCAGAGGAAACUCCACCCUGUGGUGUCCUAGCCAACACCAGCCCUAGCGACACCCCCGACUUGGAGAACUGCAGCACACUUUCAAAACAGCGCGUGUGAGUUGCGCUCGAGUUUAAAGGCAAAUUGCGAGCAGGAUAGCGGCAGUGACGUCAGCGCGGUCGCCUUCCGCGCGAGUAUAAAGAAGCUUAAAGACAACCAGAACAGUCGAGUUGAAAUCCAUUCAAUGCCCUGAGAAUGAAAUGACCCGGAUAAUUUAGAUGUACAGCCAUGUUUCCUGACUAACUACACAGCGGAAGGCCUGCUAUUACCACCACUCGUGAAAACACCAAAAGUCUAGAACAGGUGUUCACGCAAAGCCAGGUGAAGUCUAUUCGGCGGGAUGCACUGGAACUCGGCAUCAACAAAAGGUCGAUUCAGCAGAUGCUUCGGAGAGUGAUAAACCUUUACCAGGUACCAACUUCAGGUUGUUGAGCAUCAUAAUUUGCUUGAGGCCUUUUAACAACCAGAAGUUGCCAUGGGUGUUUUCAUCUGCCGUGGUUUGUCAAGAUCAGAUCCUCUUUCGAGAAACUUGCCAUGGGUAGCGUAAAUGGUACUAUGCAGUGUGACAGCCAUGAAUCUUGGUGCUGAACUGCAGUCUGCAAUUUUGCAAUGCUGCUCCAGUGAGAAAUGGUGAGCCAUUGGCAAAGGAAUGAUAAGCUUAGAAAAACUACAAAGUUAUGCAGUGAAAUGUAGUUUGAGAAGCUUUAUGGCCAACAGACUGCUCCAUUGUGUAAUACAAUUUACACGAUGGAAGGCCUGCUACCACCACCACUCAUAAAAACACAGAACUUCUAGAGCAGGCAUUCGCGCAAAACCAGGAAAUGUGUACUUGGAGGGCUGCGCUAGAACUCAGCAUCAACAAAAGCUCGAUUCAGCCGAUGCUUCGGAGAGUAAUAAAGCUGAAGCGGCAUUGGGAAGAAAUCCUUUUUUAAGAAAGUGUUCAUGCAUAGCAUAAAUUGUAUUGCGUGUUAGAGGAUUGUGACGGCCAUAAAUCGUCACAAACCGGCGCUGAACUGCAGUUGGGGACAGAAGAACUUCUGUAAUAGGUCAGGCCAGUAGCCUGCAAUGUCACUUUGCAAAGAAACAUGAUGCAGUAGGUGCCACCUGCUGGUUUUGACAAGGCUGUCAUGAGCAAAUAUAACAAGAAUGUCAUUUAGUCCCGCACAGACUUCCACCAAGGCCAAAUGCUUUAUAAAAAUGAAAAGAAAAGGCAUGGAGCUCCGUAUUUGUGUUUCUCCCCCAUCUGUUAGUUAGCCGGCUACUUCCUGUUUCAUGGAGGAUGAAGAACAAAUGCAGGGUGCCAUUAUGAUUCUUGGUGGGGUUGAUUCUCACCCAAAUGUAUUUGGGGUUGUACUUGCUCAGGCUGCUGGGACUUAAUGAUGCGUGUAUUUGGGAUCAUUAGUGUACAGUUCAAUGGGGAUCACUUUAUGAAAUUGAUGGGACAGGUGCGAACACUAGCUUUCCUCCAUUUAGUUUACUGGAUUGCCUGCCUUCUGUUUUUAUUUCUCUCUGGUAAUCUUCAUGUGUGUCAGUUAUUCCAGGACAGGAGGGAAUGCACUGUAAAUGUAGUUAUUCACACUUCACUGUGGUGUCCUUGGAUUUGGUAGUAUGAAGUAACAAAUUACUAAUACGUUUUUUACUUAACUACUAAUAGUACGAACACUUGGUUCCUGUGCUUAAGUAGAUUUUCAACAAAACAAAAAAGGCAUGUUACUUUUUUUUCCAACAUCAAUAGAUGACAAUAUGAUGUAAAACAUAAAUAAAUAAAUAGGGAGAGGUAAAGUCAACUCACCUCCAAAACUGAUUUGUGGCAAACGUGUGUUGUCUUGUGCCAGGUUUAAAAUCACAAUGCUCAGGUGUUCAACAAUUCUAUGGCUAACCUGAAAUAUUACACACAGGUAGGCCUACAAUUGUUAUCAUUAUCUAAUUCAGCAUUUUCUGUCAGUCACUUUACAAUGUGAGCAAAGGGAACACAUUUUGAUAGAGUGUCCACAUUUUAUUUUUCUCCUUAGUACGAGCAGUAGUGGAAUAUCCAUAUUGCAUACUGCAGCUCAUUCAGAAUCCUGCGGCUCGGGUUCUGACUAGAACAAAGAGGUCAGAGCAUAUUACUCCAAUUCUAAAGUCUUUACACUGGCUUCCAAUCAUCUUUAGAAUAGAUUUUAAAGUUCUGCUACUGGUCUAUAAAUCACUAAACGGUUUAAGUCCGGAAUACGUGAAUGAAAUGCUAAUGGAAUAUAAACCCAGUAGAGCUCUGAGAUCGACAGACUCAUGUCAAACAUGGUGAAGCAGCAUUUAGCUUUUAUGCUGCACACAAAAUUCAAGCUGGCGCCUACCCGUAUGGACGCCUCGAUUACGCGCUCUCUAGUAUUGUUUUUGUUUUUGUGUUUUUCGGUCGUCUUUGGAGACAUUACAUGACUGACUUACACAAGGGGAGACUUGCUAACCAUCAAGGAGGCUACUCCGGACUUUCUUUCAUCAACCUUUGCAAAUACGCUCAGUUUUUUCCCUGAGUUACUUACCGGAGCAGCGACCGCGGUCUUUGGGGCAUGGAGACGGAGGCGGCGCCACAGAGGGAAGCGAGCCGGCAUCCAAGUGACGCUCCGCAAGAGAGGAUACAGAUUGGCGUUUCUGUCGAUCCACAUUGCAAAUCUACGCUCCCUACCCAACAAAAUGGACGAGCUUUAUCUUCUGAUAAAGACCAGUAAAGACUUCGGACGUUCAGCCGCCAUGUGCUUUACGGAGCCUUGGCUUUGUGAGGCUGUACCCGAUGGCGCCCUCAUGCUUCGCGGCUUCCACCUUCACCGGGGAUACCGCGACAUGGAAUCAUCGGGGAACACAAAAGGCAGCGGGAUAUGCUUCUAUAUCAACAAAAAAAUGGUGUACGGACGUCACAGAGCUCAGCACACAUUGGAGCCCGCAUUUAGAGUCGCUGUUUUUGAACUGUAAGCCAUUCUACUCGCCUCGUGAGUUCGCAUCAUUCAUUAUCGCUAGUGUCUACAUUCCGCCUCAAGCUAACACGAACGAAUGCUCGCUGAACGAGUAAAUGAAAUUGAAAAAAAACACCUGGACUCACCCCUCAUUAUUCUCGGGCACUUUAACAAAGCUAAACUCAACCACAAACUCCCUAAAUACAAGCAGCACAUUGACUGUCCUACCAGGGAAAAUAAAAUUUUUGCUGCUAUACUACGCUAAAUAACGCGCACCGUGCCAUACCUCGUGCAGCCCUGGGCUCGUCUGACCACUGGUUAAUUCACUUAAUACUGACAUACAGGCAAGAACUUAAAUGCGCGAAGCCUACAGUGAAAACAGUGAAAAAGUGGACCAACGAUGCAAAGAUAGAACUUCAAAGCUAUUUAGACUGCACAGACUGGAGUGUCUUUGAAAAUGAAUAUACGGACACUGUCACAUCCUAUAUUAGUUUCUGUGAAGAUGUAUGUGUACCAACAAAGUCAUUUCGCACAUUCAAUAACAACAAGCCGUGGUUCACUGCCAAACUUAAGCAACUUCGCCAAGCUAAGGAGGGCGCAUAACAGAGCGGGGACAGGGCCCUGUAUAAUGGCACUAGGAACCAACUGACUGAAGAAAUUACCAUUACAAAGAGAAACUAUGCAGCAAAGUUGGAAAAACAGUUUAGCGCUAACGACUCUAAAUCAGUCUGGCAUGCAUUCCAAUCGCUGACCAAUUACAAGCGACGAUCACCCAAGCUGAGAACAAUACUGGACUGGCCAACGACUUGAAUACUUUCUACUGCAGAUUUAUACUUUUCUACUGCAGAUUUGAAAAGGACACAGCAGGUCAGUCUGGGGCCACCUCAUCCACACGCAGCAUCAGCACUGGGGCACCCCAUGGUUGUGUCCUCUCUCCGCUGCUCUUCUCUCUCUACACGAAUGACUGCACCUCAACGCACCCGGCUGUCAAACUCCUGAACUUUGCAGAUGACACCACUGUCAUCGGCCUUAUCAAAGACGGUUACGAGUCUGUAUAUCGACAGGAAGUGGAGCGGCCCAGCUGAGGAUGUACUUCCUGCGGCUUUUGAGGAAGCACGGCCUGCCACGUGUUCUUCCAACACAGUCUGGUUUGGUGCUGCUACAAAAAAGGACAAACUCCGAUUGCAACGGACAAUCAAAACUGCUGAAAAGAUUGUCGGUACCCCCUACCAACCCUUGAGGACUUGCACGCUGCCAGAACUAAGACAAGACCGUGUACAAUCCUCUUGGACCCUCCACAUCCUGGUCAUCACCUCUUCCAGCUCCUUCCCUCAGGUAGGCACUACCGAUCAAUGCAAACUAGAACUAGCAGACAUUCCAACAGCUUCUUCCCUCUUGCAAUCAACUUCUUAAAUAGCUAACCUACAAUUCCAUUGCAACAUGCUGCCAAUUCUUUUGUCUUGAGUUUGUUGUAACAUUUCUGUCGGGCCAAUUACACAUUACUCGUGCACUCACUGUAGUAGUCUUGCCACGCUGCACUAUUUGCGUAUCUGUUGUUGACCAAUACUGGCCACUCCUGUGCCUGAAUAGCAUCUGCAACAUUUGCACAAUCGACUGAGUAGCAUCUGCAACAUUUGCACAAUUGACAUUGUCCCAGAUUAUCGCACUACUAGUCACUUUAAACUCCAUACAUUUCUUGACGUCUCGGCGCCCUUUGCACAAUGGUCAUUGCACCAGAUUAUUGUUCUAUUAGUCAUUUCAAACUGCUGUAAGUGCUUGAUAACUCUGCAUCUUUUUGCACAAUUGUAAAAAAAAUAAAAUAAAAUAAAAUAUUUUACCGGCAUUACCAGAUAACUUGCAACCCUUUAUUGCUCAGUGACUGUUUUUCUCAAUGUCUUUAUGUUCUCUGUCAAUUGACUGUCUGUUGUCGUACAAGAGCAGCUCCAACUACCGGAGACAAAGUCCUUGUGUGUUUUUUGGACAUACUUGGCAAAUAAAGAUGAUUCUGAUUCUGAUAAGUUGCCAACAGAAGUAACGUCAGCCCCAAGUGUGCAUGUUUUUAAGUUCAGGUUAAAAACUCUUCUUUUUUUCCCAUGCUUUUUCAGAGCAUUUCCACUUUUAAAUGAUAUUUCUUGUACUGUAUGCUGUUUUAAUUGUAUUUUUAUUUAUUUAUUUUUUCUCUUUGUUUGAAAUGUUUAAAAACUGUUUUUUCUUUGUUUUUAAAUGCCUUUAAUCAUGUAAAGCACAUUGAGUUACCUUGUGUGUGAAAUCCGCGAUAUAAAUAAAUUUGCUUUGCUUUGC